UAGUGCCUUAAUUGCAUUGUUUUCCCUAGGACUAUAUACUUACCUUAAAAUUGGCUGAGUGCCAGUGGCACUAUCAACAGUUAUCAUCAUUAAGGACAUUGAUCAUAUUUUAAAAUUAUUAGUUUUCUGUGUAUAUUUUAGUGUUUAUAUCCUGCCAGUCCAAAUUAGACUUGCUUUUACUAUAUCAUUUUACACCGUUGAUCUAUAAUUCAUUAUCUGGGCACACGAGGGUAGACAGUGAAUUGUGCACUGGUAAACUACUUGGUGAAAACAUGCUUUGUAUUUUUAAGGUGUAUAGUUAUAUUUAAAAUCAAGCAAUGCUUAAUUUUGUGCCAGAUUUUCUUCUUUAAAAAUGGAUUUAUCUGGGGGUUACAGUUGAUGACGUUUUGUUAUUAAUAUGUUUGCUGCUGCUACGAAGAGCUUUGUCAAGCAAGUGGGAGAUGGAGGGAGAUUAGUUCCUGUUCCAAGCCUCAGUGAAGCUGACAGAUAUCAACCUUUAAGCCUGGUGGUAAAAAAGAAGCGAUGCUUUCUGUUUCCUAGGUAUAAAUUUACCUCAACACCUUUUACACUGAAAGAUAUUCUACUAGGAGACAGAGAAAUUUCAGCUGGUAUUUCAUCUUAUCAAUUACUGAAUUAUGAAGAUGAAUCAGAUGUUUCACUGUAUGGAAGGCGAGGCAACCAUAUUGUAAAUGAUGUUGGGAUUAACGUUGCUGGAUCAGAUUCCAUUGCAGUAAAAGCAUCAUUUGGUGUAGUGACCAAACAUGAAGUGGAAGUAUCAACACUACUCAAAGAAAUCACUACACGAAAAAUUAACUUUGACCACAGUUUGAUCCGUCAGUCAAGGAGUAGCAGAAAGGCAGUUUUGUGUGUGGUCAUGGAAAGCAUUCGAACCACUCGGCAGUGUUCACUGUCUGUGCAUGCCGGAAUUCGUGGAGAAGCAAUGCGGUUUCAUUUUAUGGAUGAACAGAAUCCCAAGGGAAGGGACAAAGCUAUUGUUUUCCCAGCACACACAACUAUAGCUUUCAGUGUUUUUGAACUCUUCAUUUACCUGGAUGGUUCCUUUGACCUUUGUGUCACUUCAGUGUCAAAAGGAGGAUUUGAAAGGGAAGAAACGGCAACAUUUGCACUGUUCUACAGACUGAGAAAUAUUCUAUUCGAAAGAAAUAGAAGAGUGAUGGAUGCCAUUUCUCGUUCACAGCUUUACUUAGACGAUCUUUUUUCUGACUACUAUGACAAACCUCUCAGCAUGACUGAUAUUUCACUCAAAGAAGGGACGCAUAUCCGAGUUAACUUACUUAAUCACAACAUUCCAAAAGGGCCUUGCAUACUCUGUGGGAUGGGAAACUUUAAAAGGGAGACCGUGUACGGGUGCUUUCAAUGUUCUGUUGAUGGACAGAAGUAUGUGAGACUUCAUGCAGUUCCUUGUUUUGAUGUUUGGCACAAGAGAAUGAAAUAAAAUGAAAAAUUAAUAUAUCUCGCUGGUGUUUUAAAUGCAGGUGUGCCCUAUACCUUCUUUAAAUUACCUAGGUUUGCUUUGAUUAGAAAGGAGAA